AUGUCUUCAACUAAAGCACCAGUUCCACCAACACAAGCUGAAAUUCAACAAAUUCAAGAUCAAUUAAUAAAAGCAAGAGAUGCAUUUCAAGUUCAUGAAACAGAAUUACAAAAACUUUCAGCAUCAAGAUCUAAACUUUUAACUCAAUUAAAUGAAAAUGAAAUGGUAAAAAAAGAAUUUGAUUUAUUAGAAAGUGAAGCUAAAAUUUAUAAACUUAAUGGACCAGUACUUUUUAAACAAACAAAAGAAGAAGCAGAAAAUACUAUUACUUCUCGUUUAGAUAUUAUAAAUAAUAAUUUAAAAACAAUUGAAACUAAUUUUAAAGAUAUUGAAAAGAAAGCAAUGGAACAAAGAAAUAAAAUUUUUGAAUAUCAAAAUAAAAUUAGAAGUUUAACAGCACCACCACCACCACAAGCACAAUAA